AUGGAUGACAAACAAAACAAACCUUUCGUCGACACUCCGUCUUCUGUCGGCGACAUUGAACCUUCAGUGUCCCAAGUUCCUGAGCGAACAAUACCACUCAGUGUUAGACCUAACACCGAUUCAAUCGCACAUGCCCAUACCUCUAUUCAUCACACUCAUUCCGACUCUUUACUGCAUGCGUCCCACUAUGACCUCCAGGUCCCCAUGCAGACUAUUCACCCUAGCGCCCUGAGCGUCGGAAACGACGAGGAAGCCCCACCCGGAUCGGUCCGCCUUGGGCCGGCCGAAUUUGCCAUUACGCUUCCCCUGGAUUCGCGGUUGAAAGAUGAGUAUGACAGAGUGUUGGGAGGCGCGUCUGCAGAAAUGCGCCAGUUUCUUGUGAUGUCCAACCCAGCUUCACAGAUCUCUGAUACUGAUCGAGAGUACUUGAUUUCACGGAUGCAUGAAGUUACCACUCGAUUAAACAACGUCACUAUUCACCCGGAUCUCAACAUAACCAAUCACCUGACCUUCAAUGACUCGAAGAUUCAAAACGAAGCCUCCUGGGCUGAGUAUUCGAGCUCAAAGUUUUACUUCCUUGGCCACUUGGUGGAAGUGGCGAGUCAACAUGAUCUUCAUAUCAUCCUAGAAGUUCGCAGCGAGAUGAAGCAAAAACUAGUCGAGCGAUACUUGCUCGGCAAAGGAUUCGCCUACACCCGACCUCGCGAGGAAAUGGGAGGCAAUGUCGAAGUUUCUUUGGUAAAGGAUUUGUUGAGUUUCGGAAUUCAUUCCCACGAAGGUGUGCGAGAUCUCAUCAAGUCACCAUGCGCUAUUAUCGUUCUGGACACGGCAUUUGAACCAAAGAGUCCUAAUGUCCAACACAUUCGGACAACAUACACCCGCAACAAUGACCUCUUACCGGUCAUUUGGCUCCUUGUAUCCAAUAGUUGUGAACACAUCGAACGAUGUCUCCCGGAUUUGUCCGAGCCUGAUCGUCUACGAUUGCUCUUACAAUACACAGCCCACCUCCACGACGAUGUUGGCGAUCUGCAAGACAAUGCAUUGGGCGUGUACGAGGACGUGGAUGAAGUUCUCGUCUAUUUGCGAGAUACUUUGACCAGCUGGCCUCUACCUAUCAUCGACCCUUUACCAGUCAUAUCCCCCGAAGAUCUCGAGUCUUCAACCCCAUCAACCGACGAUCAAGCGCCAACUGCCCAAAAACGUUCGCUGGACGAGGAUGGCGAGGAUUAUUCCUCAAAACGCACGCGACUCGACGAAGCGAGUCAACUGACCGAAUACACGAAACCCUCAACGCAAACCUUGGGUCGAGACCUUCAGUCCUUAGAGAAAAACAUCAUUCAAAUGCAAAAUGCGCAUGCCUCGGAGAAAGAGCAAAUAUUGGCCGACCUCUCACGGGUUUCCGCACAAGCCCAGAUGUUUGAGAAGGCAUUGGGCUUCCUGCAACAUCGCUACGAGACCCGGACCAAUGAAAUGCAUAAGUUUCGCCAGGAGCGGGAUAAGGGGGCCGAGAGCAAAGUUUCUCUUGAACAGCGUAUCGAGAGACAGAAGGAAGACAUUUCAAAGCUCAAAGAAGAUCGUACGAAUUUGAGACGCGAGUUGGAUGAAUCUCGCGAGGAACUCAAAUCGGGCGGUGGCACCUUGGCUGAGCUCGAAACAGCACGGGAAGAGAUCCGCCGCUUAACCAAAGAAGUAGCCAGCCUGGAGCGCAAGGCUGAUUACGAACGCAACCAAGCCGAAUACACUCGAGAGCAGUAUCAAAACGCAUCUAAUGCAGCAGCCCAGUCUGGAAACGAACUACGACAACUGCGCACCGAAAACGAGAACUUGACACUAAAGGUCAAUGCGAAUGCCGCGCAGCUCCGUGAGCUCAAUCUGAAGAACGACUCUGAUAUCCAUCUUGCUAGAAUUACGGAGCUAGAGUUGACUAUAGUUGCCAGGGAUGAAUUUCUGCACAGAAAAGAGGAGGAAUUGCGAGAUAUCCGCAAAAACCGCCCGUCCACUCGCUCGACUAGUACUCAGCCUCGAAGCCCUAAGAUCACAGCUAGCAGCCGCCCUACCAGCCCCGGUGUCGGCCACAAUGGAAAUGGCAAUGGAAAUGGUUUAGCGGGGCGUGGAACGAGUGCACUUAGAUUUUCGGAGAUGCAAUUUUGA